AUGGGCAAGAUCGUGCACAUCGUCCUCUUCAAGCUCAAGGAGCAGCCUGACGCCGCCGCGCUCCAGUCGGCCAAGGACAGCAUCAAGAAGCUCGAGCAGGUGCCCGGUGCGAUCAGCAUGUUUGUCGGCGAGCCCCAGAUCGACGCCCGCACCAAGGGCUUCGACUAUGGCCUGUACUCUGUCUUCGCGAGCCGCGCCGAUCUCGACAAGUACGAUGUCUCCGAGGCGCACAAGAAUACCGUCGUCAACUACGUCAGGCCCAAUGUUCAGGACGUUAUGGCUUACGACUUCGAGCUCCCCGAGUAA